AUGGACCCGGGACCCGGGGGGGCAGCCGCGGGGGGAGCGGGGCUCCUCCUGCCCCUCAGCGACACGGAGCAGCAGCGCUACUCCGAGCUCUUCUCGCUCUGCUGCUCGCCCGCGCCCGAGGGGGGCUCGGCGCCAGCCCCAGCCGCCGGGGGGAGCAAAGUGGGCGACUUGUUCAGGGCAUCGCAGCUCCCUGCGGACACGCUGCACCAGAUCACAGAACUUUGUGGGGCAAAACAUGUGGGUUAUUUUGGUCCGGCUCAGUUUUAUGUUGCUUUGAAACUAAUUGCUGCAGCGCAGUCUGGCCUUCCAGUACGGAUAGAGAGCAUUAAGAGUGAAUUGCCUCUUCCUCGGUUUAUGGCACUCAAAAAUGACAUUGAAAUGAGAUAUGGAAAUGCAGCAGAAAUACACGGAGUUAAAUUUCAGCUUCCACAUCCAACCUUGGAAAAAAAUUCCUUCAAAAGAUCAGAUGAAGGGGAUAAAAAGCAGGAAACCAAGUCUCCUCCCAUGUCACCGAUGUGUUCACCUCCUGCUUCUCCAUCUAAUUACCAGAGAAUACCCUUGAGUUAUGGCUAUGGCAAGUCAAGGAGUGGGCUUGAACAGCCACAUGGAGUUUCUUAUGAAGCUAGACAUUCUACACACCAACAAGAUGGACCAGCAACGGGAAAUUAUGGAUCCAAAUCUGCACUUGUACAUUCCUCUCUUAGUCGGUCUCUUUCAGUAGAAAGGGAGCCACAGGACAGCAGUAAUUACCCAGAUGACCCCUGGAGGAUAACUGAGGAACAGCGAGAAUAUUACAUCAACCAGUUCAAAUCCCUACAGCCUGAUCUGAACUCUUUCAUUUCAGGUUCCGUGGCUAAGAAUUUCUUCACAAAAUCCAAGCUUCCCAUCCCAGAACUUUCUCACAUAUGGGAGCUGAGCGAUGUAGACUGUGAUGGAGCGCUGACGCUGCCAGAAUUCUGUGCUGCAUUUCACCUCAUUGUUGCUAGGAAGAAUGGUUAUCCAUUGCCAGAUACGCUGCCGGAGACCUUACUGCCAGAUUACCUUCAACCAGCUUCCUUUAAGCCUAAACGUGACUGCGCAUUAUUGGAUUCUUAUUCUGAGUCAUUGCCAGUCAGUCAACAGACCAGGGACUUUAAUCGAACUGAGCUUGAAACUGUCCGUGAAGAUCCAAGCAACUCAGAGCCGUUGAUUCUCUUUGAUGUGGCGACCUCCGUUGUUGAGCCAACAUCGGUUGAGGAGAUGCCUGAUAAAUCUGCCCUGACGCAAGAUGCAAAUAGUGAUGACAAUCAAGCUCUGAACAUAAGCACUACUGCCAAAACAAUACCAAAGGAUUUUAAACCAUCUCAACACUUGUCUGUCAAAACAGUUGUUCAGGAAUCGAACACACUCAAGGCAAGACCAAGAUCCAGGUCCUAUUCCAGCACAUCUAUUGAAGAUGCAAUGAAAAAGGGGGAAGAGCCCCCUAUGCCACCACCAAGACCGCAGAAAUCACAUUCCAGAGCCUCCUCCUUGGACCUAAAUAAAAUCUUCCAGCAAAACACACAAGCUGUGAAGUCAGGUUGGUUACCACCACCACCUGCCCUGCCCCCUAGGCCUUUUGUAUCACAGCAGGGUCCUCACCAUGUCACAAAUACCGAGCCUGUUGCCCAGGCCAAAUCCAGCUAUGUAGAAUUCAGACUAAAGGAACAGACAGAACAAGUAUCUGAGAUGGAAUUACAUCCUCAGAUGAAUAGAGCUCCAUCACAGACAGAAGAAAGCAGCCCAACGAGAAAGGAGAUUCUGCUUACUCAGCCACCAUCCAAACCAAUCCGUAGGAAAUUCCGCUCCGAAAAUCAGAUGUUGGAAAACCAGGAGCUUACUCCCACUAGCAGUGUGACCUCUUCCUUGCCUGCAGUCAAACCCCAUCUUCCAGCCCAAAACAGACAGUCUUCCAAACAGAAGAGGGCUAUUCAGACUACUAUUCGUAAAAACAAAGAAGCCAAUGCGGUGCUAGCCAGGUUGAACAGUGAACUCCAGCAGCAACUGAAGGAAGUUCACAAAGAACGAAUUGCAUUGGAGACUCAGUUGGAACAGCUUCGUCCUGUAACUGUCUUGUGACCUUCAGUACAUUAUUUAAUGGCAAUAAAUGGACAUUUGUGUCAAG